AUGGAUUUCGUAUAUGAGUUUUCAGAAAUUAUCAGAAAAUAUCGUAAAACAGAAUCAAGUAUUUUGGUAGCUGCAAGAACCCUAACAUUAACGGUUUUGAUUCUGUUAACAGUUGGAUAUUUGCUAAUAUUAGUGCUAUUGGUUCUAUGGGAUAAGAGUGUAAUAACAACAGAAAUACAAUAUCAAGAAAUAUUGCCGAUACCAGAUGGAACUCAAUCAGAAAUAGAUAUAUGUACAGAACGAUGCAUCACACAACCAAAAUGUAUGAAUUCAACUGAAGAUGGGCGAUGGUAUGGUCAUUUCACAGUAAAUCCUGAUGAAGUAGAUGUAAAUUUUAAUAAAACUGCUAAACGUUAUGGAAUUUGGGUUACAAUAAACAUUGAUGAUCCAAGAUAUACAAGAGGUGAUGACAAAGGAAUGUACCUGACUGCCUAUGAUUCAGAUUUCAAUCCACGUACAGUUGAUAUAGAUAAAGAAAAUAUGGCAUUAAAAUAUGAUCCUGAUUUUUAUAACCAAUUGAAUCAAUCAAAUUUUCAUAUUAUUGGCUUUCAUCAGGUUAAUUGGAUGUUUGUUAAUAGACACAUUAAACAAAAAAUGAUUCCAAAUGGUUUAAAUGUUUUAGGCGCACCAGCAAAAUCUGUAACAAAUCCUGCAACAACACCAGAGUUUGAUAUUCAACCUGUCACAGGACCACAAUUAUAUUCAAAUUUAUUUAUUGGUACUUUAAAUUGGUAUCAAGAAAUACAUAAAGAGUCAAGGUCACGACGUGUAUUAGACUCUUUUGGUUUGCUUACUGGAUUUUAUGGAUUUUUAAUGGGAAUUUAUAUAUUAUUAUUUGGGUUUGCACCAGUGUUACCAUGGGGCGUGAUACAAACAUUUUUCAUGAAAAGACAAAUCAAAGAAAGUUUAUAUGAAAUAUAUCAACAUGGAUUUAUACCAUUAAUAGAUGAAGUUCCUCAAGAUGUUCCAAUUGAAAUACGUAUUAAAGAACUUGAAAAAUUCUUAAAGCAAUUUAUAUGUGAGGUUGAUUAUAUGGAAGAUGUUAAAGUAUAUGAAAGUGGUGAAAGUGGUGGUGGUGAUGAAAAGGGUGGGGCUGAGUAUAAUGAAAAAGAGAUUGAUGGUGAAGCUGAGAAUAAUGAGAAUGAAGAAAAUAUGUAG